UCCUCAAUUAAGAAAAAAAUCAUGACUUUUUAUCAUGAUGCUCAUUUAAUUUUUUUUAAUAUAACUUCUAAAUUAAGUCCUGAUAUUUCUUUGCUCAAAAUCACAAAACCACAAAAUCGAAUUCCGGCUCAUUCUGGGCUAUAAAGUGGGCUACCUGGUGUCCACUGCCACACCUCACAUCCUAAAAUGCCCCAUGAUUCAAAAGGCUUUACGGUAACACUGCAGACGAUUCCCAAGCCCAUUGCCCUUGAUUAGGAAUGAAAGCAACUGUACGCUAUACUGUCUCCUGUCCUGUCUGUAUUUAUGAUCCAGGAUUGCGCACUGAGCGCCUCCAUUGUCUGGCCAGUAGCAGUAGCAGCGGCGGAGCGGAGAGCAGCGGAGCGCUGAUCUGAGCGCAGGGGAGCAGCGUCACUGUGACCCCGAUAUUCGAGGGAAAAAAGGGCGACCUCUGGUUGGAGACCACCAGAGCGGACAAGACAGCGGGGACAGCGACGUCAUUUUUUUUCAAAGGCAGACCGUUGUUUUUUGGCGGUCAGACGACAGCAACAGUUGUCAUGAUGUCUGACAUCAGAUGAGGCGCGAGCAGCGGAGUGAACAUUGCAGCGCCUCUUCGAUCUUGGCCGGGCGGGAUAAUGUCCCGCCUGCAAUGAUACAGCCGUCACCUGGGGCCACGAGGGGAGUGUAGCCUAGCGUGUCAUUCUGGGCUUUUCGGCGUCAUUCAGCUCGUCAGCCAUCCCCCCGGUUGUGUCGAGGAUUUUGUCCACGGGUGAGGGGAAUCCAGCCGUCGGGGCGGGCUCAUGUUCCGCUCAGCCGCGAAACGGGCUGUUGCGUCUGCGGAGAGUCAGAGCUGACGAGCCUGCUGAGACACACGGACAGACGGGCGGGCACACAGACGGGCAGGCCGAGAGACAGACAGGAACGAAGGGAGGGGGGGCGACAGCCUGUUUAGGCUCUCUCGACCCUUUGCGGAUCGAGCCGAGCCCCCUCCUGUUUCCACCCAGAGCCCCCACCCAUUUUGCCUCCCGCUUUGGAUGGGGGGAAAGCAGAGCACGGCGGGGCGGCCCCGGGGUGCUUUUCCUGGCGUCUCUACAGAUGACAGCGCGGUGCCACCCUCGGCCCACUUCGGUCACUACCGGCCGAGCGGCACCAUGGGCCUAAGGAGCCGCUCGGUGAGCUCCGUGGCCGGGAUGGGCAUCGAGCACAGCCCCGCCGUGCCCUUCGGCUUCUACACCCCGAGAGGGACGGACUCGGAACGAGCCGGAGGGGGGUCAGGGGGCACUACCGCUGCUCCACAAGGUACCGGCUACCAGGACACUGGGGGCGGAGGGCACCACACGGACGGGGUGCUCUAUCUGGGGUCCCGGGGGUCGCUGGCUGACACCUUGCCCCUGCACAUCGCACCCCGCUGGUUCAGCGCGCACAGCGGAUUCAAGUGUCCUGUCUGCUCCAAGUCCGUGGCGUCAAAUGAAAUGGAAGUUCACUUCAUCAUGUGUCUAAGCAAGCCUCGCCUCUCCUACAAUGAUGAUGUGCUGGCGAGGGAUGCCGGUGAGUGUGUGAUCUGUCUAGAGGAACUGCAGCAAGGGGACACCAUAGCCAGACUGCCGUGCCUCUGCAUCUACCACAAAAGCUGUAUAGACUCGUGGUUUGAGAUCAAUCGGUCCUGCCCCGAACACCCCUCUGACUGACUGACCACCAGCCCUCUCUGAAUUCUGUUCAAGGACAUCUCGUGGUCCUGCCAUGGAUAUCUGGACGCAGACACAAACCAAAUCUGAUGAAACAAUCAAAGCGAUCAACACAUACUUAUCCCGACAGAAUCCAUCAUCCUAACCAAGAUAUUAAAUUCCUUUUAAACUGAACACAGAAAAAUGUGGCUGUGAAUCCAUCGUACAUUAAAGGGCCCCUCCCGAGCCCGCUGAAGAGACCGCUGAGACCCCCCCCCGCCGCUUCCCCUCCUUCCCUCCCCUCCCACUUCUCCAGGCUAACAGUCCCUUAAAGGGCUUCAUCCGCCUCGGCUCCCCCCUCCGACUCGAGAGGCCCGUCGCCUCCCUGACAUGCACAGGUCCUUGUAGGGCUCCAGCUACUAGCCUCCCAUCUUGCGUCCGGACCCGGGCCCGUCAACGGUCCGUGUCCAGCCCUCCCACGGCCUUAACUGGGGAGGGGAAGUGGAGAAGGGAGGGGGCAGGAGGGGAGACGAAGGAAACCACACAAGAAAGGAGGAAGGCGGCGAGGAUGAGAAGGAAACCAACGACGUGAGGAUUGUUUGAGCUGCAGAAACCUGCUUUGAGAUCAGACUUCGGCGGCCCUCUCAUGUCACAGCAGGAGUCCGACUUCGUGACGUCCUCUCAUAACAGUGUGCUUCUUUCUCAUAGCUCAUGCCUCUGUUCUGCGCCCUCCCUCGCCAAUAUGACUCAUAAUAAGCAAAUCAAAUAUAAUAAUUAGAUCUGGUUUGUGCACACCUGAGCAGGCAGGGGGAGAUGGAGGGAUAAGAAACAAACUGGGGUGUCAGCUUGUCUUGUAUGUACAGGAUGUAUGGGGGCGGAGGAGUAGUUGGAGCAUGCUCAGCUCUGGUUGGGAAGGAGGAAGGGCCCAGCAGUGUAGUUUACGCUCCUAGUGUGUAAUAUGUGUGUUCGGGAUGCUCCAGUGUCAGGCUUCACCUGGUAUGUGUAUGUACUCUGUGUGUGUGUGUGUCUGAGCUUGGAACUGUGACAACAUAGCUUAUGCUGAAGCCUUGUGUGUGUGUGUGUGUGUGUGUGUGUGUGUGUGUGUGUGUGUGUGUGAGAGACAGAGACAGCGUGAAAGGUCAGUGUCGAGGACUGACUGGGACAGUGCCGUAUGUGUGUGUCAGUGUAUUGAAAUGUUUACAGUCUAGAUGUCCAUGUUCCCCGUGUGUGUGACUGGCAGUCCUCCCUUUACUUUGCUGAUGUUUACAGCUACAGAGAAGCGACAUGGCACAUUGUAAAUUACGUGCCCGACUUCUCUCUCGGCCCGUUCUUUGUUAGAUCUGCCAGAUUUUUUCAUGUGAUAAAUCAUUUUCCCGUGAGAGUCUCGAGUGCGUGCGUCUCCGUGCAUAUGACUGUUUGUGCGUGUGUGUGUGAGUGUGUGUGAUUCCAAAGGCGCCUCUCGGUCUACGCUACUGUCCCCCCCCCGCGUUGUGUUUCUGCUAGAGUAGUUCUGGCUGACUGUGACUGGAGACGCGAGCCACUUGGACCCGGAAAAAAAAGGACUCUGUAGUCCCACUGUGGAUCCACUGGACGGGGCUUAUUUAUUCAUUUGUUCAUAUUUAACAAAAUUUGUUUAAUAUUCCAAUCAUGUGAGGUGUUACCCACUCUUCAGAAUGCCAAGAGUUGAUGUAUGAAGACUUCUACAAAUCAACGUACGAACAAACUGCAUUUACAAAGCUACUGUAAACAAAUGGUGGAAUAAAUUGUGCUAGAUGACA